AUGAGAGCUGCGGCCGCAGGGGCUGUCGGAGCGCUCUGGCCCCCGCCGCACUCCGCGCCCCGGAGCCACUGACACCGCACCCGAGCGCCUACACCCGGCUCAGCGCUCGUCGGUCUCCUGGCCUUGAAGCUAGCGGGCUCUUGGGAACCCUGCGUCCGGCCCGGGCUCCACGUGCCUUGAGGUCCCCGGUCUCCCAUGGUCCCCAUGGCCACGCUGUGGGGCGAUCUAGGAGACGCCUGAGGAAGCCCAGACAGUGCCCGUCCACGGCCCUGCGGGCUGCGCGGCGGGAGUCUGCGGGGAGCUAUGCUGAAGCUGCGGGGUGAGGACGAAGCCGCGCAGCUCGCCCCUAGGCGUGCCCGUGUCCCUGCCCCCGUGCCCAGACCCACGGCCCCCGACGUGUCCCCAGCUUCCACCCGCCUGGGUCUUGCCUGCCUGCUGCUGCUGCUGCUCCUGACUCUGCCGGCCCGUGUAGACACGUCCUGGUGGUACAUAGGGGCCCUGGGAGCCCGAGUGAUCUGUGACAACAUCCCCGGUCUGGUGAGCCGGCAGCGGCAGUUGUGCCAGCGCUACCCGGACAUCAUGCGCUCGGUCGGCGAAGGGGCCCGGGAAUGGAUCCGAGAGUGCCAGCACCAGUUCCGCCAUCACCGCUGGAACUGCAGCACACUGGACCGGGACCACACUGUCUUUGGCCGUGCCAUGCUCAGAAGCAGCCGGGAAGCAGCGUUUGUCUAUGCUAUCUCGUCAGCAGGAGUGGUCCACGCUAUCACUCGGGCCUGCAGCCAGGGUGAGCUGAGUGUGUGCAGCUGUGACCCAUAUACCCGUGGUCGGCACCAUGAUCAACGAGGGGACUUUGACUGGGGUGGCUGUAGUGACAACAUCCACUACGGUGUCCGCUUUGCCAAGGCUUUUGUGGAUGCCAAAGAGAAGAGGCUUAAGGACGCCCGGGCCCUCAUGAACUUACAUAACAACCGCUGCGGUCGCACGGCUGUGCGGCGAUUUCUGAAGCUGGAGUGCAAGUGUCACGGUGUGAGUGGCUCCUGUACCCUGCGCACCUGCUGGAGGGCACUCUCAGACUUCCGCCGCACAGGUGACUACCUGAGGAGGCGCUACGAUGGGGCUGUGCAGGUGACGGCCACGCAGGACGGGGCCAAUUUCACAGCAGCCCGCCAAGGCUAUCGCCAUGCCACUCGGACUGAUCUCGUCUACUUCGACAACUCCCCUGACUACUGUGUCUUGGACAAGGCUGCAGGUUCCCUAGGCACCGCAGGCCGCGUCUGCAGCAAGACUUCUAAAGGAACAGAUGGGUGUGAAAUCAUGUGCUGCGGCCGAGGGUAUGACACAACUCGGGUCACCCGUGUCACCCAGUGUGAGUGCAAAUUCCACUGGUGCUGUGCUGUGCGGUGCAAAGAGUGCAGAAACACUGUGGACGUCCACACAUGCAAGGCCCCUAAGAAGGCAGAGUGGCUGGACCAGACCUGAGCACACAGAUACCUCGUUCUUCCCUCCACUUCAAGCCUCUGACUCAAAAGCACAAGAUCCUUGCAUGCACACCUUCCUCCACCCUCAAUCCUGGGCUGCUACAGCUUCUGUUAUGGACUUGGAGAGAGAUCCAGAGGGACCCCAAUGUCCUGGCUGGUUCCUUAGCCCUAGGGAGGCGUUCAUAGGGGAUGGGAAUAGGAGACUGAGUGGCUCCCUGAUAGUCCAUCUGGAGGUUUGAAGGGAGAGUAGAAGAGGUAGGAGUCUGUCUUCAGCAUGAUUUAAGUUGCACUAAGUCAAGGCUCAUUCUCCCCUUUGCUUCCACUGACUUCUGAUACUCUUUGGGUAUGCAACAGGAAGGGAACCUGGAGGUAUCUUCUGUGUUUGAUCCUCCUCUGCCUAAGGAUAGAUAAGACAGAGAUAAAAACUGCCCGUUCUUUCGCUGGACAGUAUGUGCAGACAAUCUUAGGCUAUAGUAUUCUGCUGAGACCCUGAAAUAGCUAGAUGAGUUAGCCAGUGAACAAGGCUCCACCUCAUGCUUGUAUGCAGCUUAUAGACUAGUGGUUUGGUGGGGAGAAUCCCAGUUCUGUAUAGAUACAUAUUCUCCAUGUCUCCCUCUCCACCUGCAUCCGACAGCAGCAGCCGGCUCACUGGCUGCCUGUUCGGAGUGAGGUAGCCUGCAGUGGUUCAGAUUCUUAGCAGACCAUUAGAGGUCCAGGGCAGGACUGUGAGAGAGUGACAUAGGGAGCCUGGCUAGGCCUUGGGACUUCUUCCCAUCCAUCAUCCUGGAAAGUUGGUAGGUUUGGAAACGACUAAGUGGGAGGCAGGUAACUUGUGGGAAGUGUGAGCACACCCGAUCUCAUGGGCUACAUGAGAAUCUGUGUAAACUGGGAAGCCAGAGAUAUCUCAUUACACUAGUUCUGAGGAGAGGAUCUUCAGUUUUGAGGCAGGAACAAAGCAAGCAGCUAGAGAGAGCUGGUGCUGGAGCUGAAGUGGUAAACAUCUUGUAAGGCCUUUCUCAUUUACCUAGCAAAUCUUUAGUUUGUGAUUCACCAAGUCCUACUGGUAACUAUUGCCCAUUCCACAGUCAACUUAAACAAGGAAGGUUCUCUCUGUGCUACCAACCAUUGCCUAACUAGGGUAUGCAGGAGUGGAGUCUUCAAAGACAGCAGACAUGAUAAUAUGGGGGAUCUGAAACCUUGAUGGCCUAGUUUUAUGUGACCCAGACAAUGGCCAUCUUUUUGCCUAUUGAUAAUCAUAGUAUAGAAAUCCACAGUUAUGACAGACUUAGGUCUAAUCCCAGCUAUUUACAUUCUAAGUUUUUAUUUUCAGCAGAGUCUUUAAAUUCUCCUGGUCCUUUUUCUUAUCUGUAAAGUGAGGGUGAUACUGAGAUCUAACUGUGUCCUAAACUCCAGCCAAUCGAUACACGCCAUCAACGCUUCUGUCUGGUCAAGUACAUCCUGCAUCUCUAGGGCCUUCUGACUUAGGGCUGUCUGGUCUUGACAACAGACUAGAUUAAGAGGCUUUCACAAGGAAUUCGGGAUAGCGCUCCCCUCUCUCCUCAGGCUCCUCUUCAUCCAAUCGGACUCUCAGAUGUUUGUGGAGCAACUGCUUUCUGCCCAGGCAGCAGGAGGCUGGGGGUGGGGGGUGGGCAUAGCUCUGGCCACAGAGGCAGAUUUAUUUGGAUGAUAGGACUAAUAUUUGUGUAACCUGCUGAGACCUGUGUGGGAGAGUUUAGUGUGGUUUUUCUUUUGGUGAGGGGAUUUGCUCCGGUUUCACAUCCAUUAACACAAAACAUGAGCUAGUCAGGGCCCUUGUGGUCUGUGGUGAGGGGGUGACUGGAGAAACGGGACGGCGUGAGUCAGGCAGAGGGAAUGUCUUCCUUGCAGAGUAGAGUCAACUGGAUAACUGAUGAGCCAGUGGUGGGGUCAGGGAGGGGGGGCGGAGGGGGAGAGGGACUUCUCUUGGAAGAGGGAAGCUUUGGGGCAGGGGUGAGAACAUCCAAGUUACUAUAUCAGUAAUGACAUUGGCCUUCUACAGGGAGCCAACCUGAGGUAAAUCUACUUGUGCUGUAUUCACUUUGAGUUUGGGUUCUUAGUUGUAGACAUCUGUGACAUCUCAUAUUACUCCAUGCCUCUCCCUGGGCUCCAAAUUCUAGCUGAUAAAGAUAUACAACCACUUAUAAAUGGCUCAGAGAGAAAUAGCUAUCCAGGGAGUGAGAAGUUUGUAAAGUGAGGUGUUUAUGUGAGAGAAAAGAUGUCUAUCUGAGUCCUGCUACGGAAGCUGUGUGGCCCCAAGAAGGAAUGAUGGCCAAGCAAUUAAUUUUUCCUCAGAACUUAGCUUGUCUCUGCAUUCCAACUGGCUUUAGACAACUGGCGUUCAUUCUGUACUAUACAAACAGAAACUGAUUUAUUUGGAACAAGCAACAAAACAAGAACUUUAUUCGGUGCCGGGACUCCACGUCAUUCUGCUGCUACCUACCCCUCAUCCGCUCCGAAGGCCCCCUCUUCCAUCUAGUGUCUAGAUGGUGGAGGUUUGUCGCCCACCAGCAGGGUUCUAACCUCUCUCCUCGGGUCCUUUCUCUCUUGUUGGCUCCUAUUUCACUUGUCUUUUGAUAAACAGUUAGGACAGUGUAUUUCAGUAAGAGCUAUCUGGAUACAAAGUGAACUUAAGAUCCUGUUGCUAUUCAUAGGAGAUAUCCCAUGACUGAAGUACCUGAGCUGCACAGCCUGCAGCCAGUUUCUUUUAAAUAGAAGAGCCAGGGUGAUGGCUUAUGAUUGUAAUCCCACACUCAGGGAGGCUGAUGCAGGAGGAUAGCUGUGUUUCUGAGCAGUGAGCUCCAUGGCCGCUUGAGAGCAGAGCCUGUCUCAAACAAACGGACAGACAUACAGACAGCCCAGAGGAAGAUGGACUGCUGGCCAUGACCCCAGCAAUCAGCCACAGAAAACAGCCAGGUCUCAGCUUUCUGCUCUGAAUAAUGGCAUCAGCGCGUACUCUUCAUUCGAGUAGUUCAGACUGAAAGAAGAAAAAACUAUCCUGAGCGACUGUUUGCAAAGCUUUGGAGAUCUAACCUAUGAGCACUCUAGGCCUCUUCUCUCUUCCUCUCCGCUGCAAGAAACUAUCUUCCCCUUUCUCUUACAUCCCUUAUCAAGAACACCAACCAUCAGGCCUCUUGCCAAAUUCUUAGACCCACUCAGGACAUAAGUUUCGGCAUGGCUUAGUAGAAGACAGAUAAUCGGGAUUUCCCACCCCCAUCUCCGCCUUUCUAAAAUUUGUAUUUAAAUGCUCUCAGUGGUCAUAGGGCAGAAGCCCAAGCUAGCUGAGGAUAAGGGAGGCGGCCGGAGAGUGUUUCUCAUCCCUGGGAGGCAUUCUGCCUGCUCCCUCAGCCAAAUUACUGCAGCAGAGAACAAUGCAGUGCAUUCCUGGGCAGGUCGGUGGGCCCUGGGUGCCUGGGUCUGGUGGAGAGAGGUGCCAGACACAGAGCGCUCCAUAAGCAGCCCUGCAGAGCUGGCCCUGGGUGCAGAAAUGAAAUACAGAGAGCUUCACAUUACACACCUGGUUAUUGAUGGCCUCGCUGGAGGCCUCUGCCCCCACCUUCCACUUGGGAACGGCCUGUACUGCGGGGGUUGGGCACCUCCGAAGCUAUGCUGGGAUAUAAGAAAGACAUGCUUCCUUUUACUCUCUGCCCAUCUCUCAGCCUGAGUGCAACUUAGAGGACACACACAUACCCACGUGCAGAAGGUGCACUCAAAAUGGACUCAAACAGCUUUUUUCGGGUUGUAUGGGAAUUAUAAUAAUCUCACCUCUCCCAACAAUUAAAACAAGCAACUAGAUCCUCCAGAAGUCACACCAACAACUGGGUCAGCUACACGCAAGGAAUGCUUCAAAACUACAUUAUCAACAUGCAAUGCACUAUUUGCUUUGGGAACUGGUACUCUCCUGGGAGGUGGCAGAGGAAGGACGCAGACAGGCACGGAGAAUUACCACCCAGGCAGAGUGGCUGAGGCGUGCAUCCGCUGUGUUCUGAGUGACUGGCCAGCCUCCUGGGACGGCCUGGAGCUUGCUGUCACUGAGCUUGCUCGCUAUGACCUGCUGCUUUAAACUCUCACCAGACCAGAAAACAGGCUACCUUUGAUUCCAGGGAAUGCUCUCUGUAAGAGAGGUGUUGGAAGAACAAGCGGUGGCUUUAUGAGGGUAGAUGUGUCCCAGUUGCUGACCUUUGGGGACUGGUCUUUAUCUUUGGAUGGUUGACAGGUUUCAGGUAAUAGCCUUGGACUGAUUCCCCACUUCCAUAGCUUGGAUUAUCACUGAGCAUUGCUGCAGUCACCCAGGAUUUGAAAAUGCAAGAUGAGCAUUCUCUGUUUUGCUCCCUAACUCUCAAGCAUCUUUUGUUGUGUUCACUUCCACUUUGCCUAUGCAUCUAUGGAUAGAGCAGGGGGACAAAGGAGUGCUUCUUUAACCGAGAGGGAAGAAUUCUGACUACAUUUUGUCAACACUACCAGCCCCUGUAAGCAGCUAUGGCCAAACAGAAAACCCACAGUUUCAACUUUUGACAAAUUCCAAGGUGGGGCUUCCACAAAAAUAACAAUACUGCUCACAAAAGCCUUUGGUGCGCAAAAUGCUUGGGUGUGUAUAUAUAGGUCUCACAGUCACCCCAGGGCUUGUGAGGUGGAGAUUACUCUAUUUUAUAGAGUCAUUCAGAGAGGUUCAGUGAAUGAUCCCACCAGAACGCAAACCUAGUUUUCUUUUCUUUCUUUUCUUUUUUUCUUUUUUGGUUUUUCGAGACAGGGUUUCUCUGUGUAGCCUUGACUGUCCUGGAACUCACUCUGUAAACCAGGCUGGCCUUGAACUCAGAAAUCUACCUGCCUCUGCCUCCCAAGUGCUGGGAUUAAAGGUGUGCACCACCACCACCACAGGCUCCUAGUUUUCUUUAGCUUCAAAUACUAUGUACUCUUCAAAGUCUGAGGAUGCUAGGAUUUGGGGAUGGGUGAGUGUUGUCACAGUACCAGCACUUCAGAACAGAAACUACUGUUAACUGGUCCAACCCAUAGAGGAGCCCUAGACUCUGCCAGCAGGGUAUCUAAGCAGAGCUUAUGAAGGCCACAGUCCCUACAUAACCUCAUCAAUGCCUUGCUCCUACUGUCACUCUACAAAGAACUCUGCAUUUCAACAGCCUUUGCUUCUCAUUCUUUGUAGCCUCACUCCAUCCCUCAGACUAGCAUUCAUUUUUUUUUUUUUGUUUUACUUUCUUUUAAGUUCUUUUCCAGUGGUGCGCAGUGCACAGACAGAGUGGAAGUAGUCACGAGAACACAUGGCUAGACUGUGGGCUUGUCUUGAAUUUCCUUUGAGAUCUCAUUCCUUUUUAAAAGCACUACCAGGUCCUUGCUGAGAGAGCUAAGCCACCACCCCUCUAAGCCCACUCGGGAUGCUAGCUGAAACAUGCAGUUCAGCCGGGGAGUGGUGGCACAUGCCUUUAAUCCCAGCACUUGAGAGGUAGAGGCAGGCGGAUUUCUGAGUUCGAGGCCAGCCUGGUCUACAGAGUGAGUUCCAGGACAGGGCUAUACAGAGAAACCCUGUCUCAAAAACAACAAAAACAAAAACAAAAAACCAAACAACAAAAAAACCCCCCCACACACAAAAAAACCACACACACAAAAAAACCAAACAUGCAGUUCAUCUUCCAACUGUGGCCAACCUUGACAACAAAAAAACCUUUGCUCAAGAUUUGUGCGGGCAAAUAACAAAGUCUCUCAUGGUUUGCGUGAGCUUAUAACUACAAUUUUGUGUUGGGCUGCAUUUAUGGUUAUCCUUGGCUAUGUGCAGAUGCAUGUGGCUUAUGGGCUGCAGGCUGGACACAUCUAAGACAAGGGAGAUCUAUGAUGCAGAGAAAAAUCUCUAAGAUGAGGCAGAUGGCAGAUUUUAUUUAAUCAAAACCUCUUGCUUCUCUCAGUUCCUCCUUCUGCACUCACUCAAAAUUGGGGUCUCAGUUCAAUCUAGACAGUGAGAAAAGGCAGCCCAGUCGACCUUCCUUGUCCUCCACUGGAGCACACUUGGGUAGGCUGGCAUCAGCCUCAGAUCCCCUCCCUAUCUCACUGGUGUACUCCAGCUGAGACAUCAGAAGGGAGGCUGCAGGGGCGGGGGCGCAGUAUUCAUCAAUCAGACUGGGACACUGCAGCCUCUGACCCGGGCCCCUGCCUGAGCUAGGGAAAGAACACCUACCUGUAGUCAGGAUUUCUCCUGCAGCAACCCUUACUUUCUGGUCCAUCCAUCUUGGCUCUCACUGCUCUCCUGCUCUCCACCCCCAACUGCCUCCACAUGUGGGCUCAGAAGUCAUCAUCUAAAGAAUUCCACUGCUCACCUCCUGCAUAGCAGCACAGCCCCAUGAGGCCGCACACCAGAUGGAAGGGAUAAAAGUACGAGGUCAUGGCUUCUAGCAAGAGGUUUUUCUUAAACUAACCCUGACUCCUGGAAAAAAGUCAGAGCAGGAGUAUGUCUGGUGAGCUGCUGACAACAGCAGCUUCAUAGAUCUUGUAUAAAAGGGGCGGGAAAUUCUACCUUGGCUUCAAUGGAAAUUUCCCUACUUGUAUCUUUGGGUCUACUCCUGGUUUCAUGUCUGUAGCUUGAAAAUGUCUGAGAAGAAUGCAGAGAUGGACAAAUCAAAGGAUUCAGUGUUUCCUAAAUGUGAGGACCCACAUGCUGACACACAGACCUUCCUUCAACAGAUGCCUUGUUUCUCCAAGGAAUAGCAACUAUCAAGUAAAAGAAAAGGGAGAAAGGUACACUAGGACCCCGAUGACCUUGGACAGGCUGUUAGUAGGUCUUCAUAGGUUUGUGAAGAAUGAAAAAGGCAAGGGGGUUAGGGAAUGGCCAUCACUGAUAGCAUUAGGAAUGUUGGGAGACAACACACAGAAACAGCAGCUACACAGAGACAGACUGGGCAACAAGUCUUAGAAUAAAGGAAGUAUGAGUGAGAGCUAUCAGAGAUGUUUUUCCAAAGGAGGUGCCCGAGAGCUGGAAUGUUAUAAGAUAAGGCAUAAACAGCUGGAAAGCAGUCAGAGGAAGGCAGUCUAUGUUGAAGGGACUGGUGUGGGCUGAGGCUUACAAGCAAGAAUGUACAAGCAAUAGAUUAGGAAUUUCAAGAAAGUAUAUACUAUAUGCAUUGGGGAAUACAGAAAAAUCAGAAUGCUGAGCCCAGAGCUUUAUUAUGAGGUGACUAUGUCAGAAUGGCCAGAGUCCCAUAAGAGCCACAGAACAGCUAUGUCCGUGAACUCCAGGGCACCUAUGGGAAAGCACUGGGAUGAGUUCAUCUGAUACAGCAACAGAGAUGACUGUUUGUGAAAUCCAUCAAAAUGCUAUGCGUCAUUAACUACUGAUCCUUAUCAUUUGAAAUUCUGAGUUAAGUGAUAUUAAAUGCCAAGAGCUAUGGUACAUGAAUAUAGCAUUCAUCCCAGAACCUGACAUCAGACAAGUCAAAUGCAGAAGAAAUGAGAAUGUAAAAAAGAAAUAAUUUACAAUGGAAAAUACAUUUCUUUCCUUCACUCCAAACUUUAAAACUUGUCUGACUCUUAUUCUAUUUGAUAUAUUGGAUUUUUGUGGCUACGGGUUUAUCAUAUCUGAGGACAGAAUGGAUAGAGGGAAACUUCAGGAGAAUUUUAGAGACCACAAAACAAGUUGACUGAUGAGUGAGAAGACAAUUCUAAUGCACUACAGGGCAUUGGACCAACAGCUAAGAGUGAACAAAUUCUGAGCCAUGGUCUCCAACUAGAUUGUGGUUGGUUAGAUUUGUGGUUUGUUAGGUUGAUAAAAACAGCUAUUUAGCAGAAUAUUUAAUCUAUUGUACUUGACAGAAUUGCCAUAACUUACAUUGACAAAAAUCACACGGGUAAUCCUACUGCUCUGUUUAGUUUCCUGAUGCCACUUUCAAAAACAGCAUAAAUACUGGGUUGUGAGCAAGACCCAGUGUGGUGCUGAGUUGUGUAUUUUAACGCUCCUGACUGAGCUCGAAGGCAAGCAGUAGCUUAGGUUUCGGCUUCACCUAGCUGGCAUGAGUAGGCACGGGAGGGAGGCGGCAACUAAAUGUGACGGUGUUUGUCAGUGUCAUCGUGGCUUCCCUCCUCUCCUAGGCAGUUUAUUAAAGGUGGUUUCUGAGACCCUUUACAAAAGGAAAGCUCAGGGGUUUACAUUCAAUGGUGACACCAGCAUGAAUUCAUUAAGCAGCAUGUUUCAGGUUGCACUGUAAUUUCUCCGUGUAAUGUAAACCCAUGGAAUCUGACAUAAGCUGAUUGCUUGUGCUGGUUAUUUUAUUUACAUUUCUGAAUGGAGGGGAUUUCAAUACUCAUAAAAUAUCUGUCUUAUUUUUCAUCUGGUCUCCCAGGGCAGCUAUUAUAAAAUAAGCCUAGAGACAGAAGCCUCAACUUGCAUGACUGGUUAAGCAACAAGGGAAAAGUUAUUGCUCAAAAAGCAAUUUUAAAAAAUUCAAUAUGGAAUUUGAGGCCAAAACACAGAUAUGGUUACUCUUAAUGCCAUCCAGAAGAUAAAAGCUCAGGAAAAAAAAAAAAAACGCUAAAUAACCAAGUUCCUUAUCUUUGUUCCAGUACUGUGAGGGUGGGGAGCAGCUUCCCAGAGUUCAGAGGGCUGGAGCUAAGUGCUCCGGAGACCCAGUGAAUGCUGGCAGACACAGCCAGUAGUGAGUGGCACAGGAAUGCAGGUGACUGAAUGGCUGGGAAUGGGCUCCCUACCACAUAGAAAGUGAAUAUGCUUUCUCACCACCGGGUUACGAGUUAGAGUGCAUUAGGAACUGCCACCACACAGCCAACUUACUCUCUAGAAGUAGAUAUUCUGUUAGCCUACUCAGAGAUUAGCCCUUUCUGCUUAUUCCAGUAGGUUUGGAAAUCUUAGAGAUUGCCAGAGUAACAGUCACCAGGAAAUUCUGAAGCCUCCAUCUUUUGCCUUCAAAUCAUUGCUCAAAUUAUCUACGUCCUUUCUUCUGCCUCAGCACUGAGUUACUACAGUACACUCCCCGGUCCUCCAGUCCAGCCUACGCUUCUGCUCCACACACUACAUCAUUUAGUCAGUUUCCACUUUCACUGAUUACAUAUCUGAAUUGCAUAAACUCACCAGCCACAGGAUCCAUGCCUAUUUUACACUAUAUACACUGUUAUUCUAGUAUUCAGGAGGCUGAAGCAAGGAGGAUUGGGAUUUGAGGUCAGCCUGAGCUACGCAGGGAGACCCUGUUUCAAAACCUGAGUCAUAACUUUAAGUUUCCAGUUAGUACAUAUCACUUGACUGAGGAAUCAGUUUCUAAAGAUAGGAACUAGUCUCACUUCCUUGGGAAGCAAACACUCUGGAGGUCCCUCCUAUACAGAAAGACUUGUAAAGGAUUCAGAGUUGGAAUAGCAAAGUUCAGCUUGUAAGCAUGGACAAUAGGAACUUACUUAAUGCAGUGUCCCAAAGUUCUUCUGUUAGGUUUUUAAACUUGCAUGGCAUAUGCCUAUUUAUCAGAAUUAGUGCUGCAGGAGACAGGUAUGGGGUGAGUAUGUGAGCUCUGGGAGAUGUAGGGCAUUGUCUCUUGCCCUCUUCCCAGCAUAAACAGAAGUCAGUAAGUAGUUCUAAGUCACUAGUCUGCUCCUAUGACAUGGUAGGAUUUCAUUUUCACCUAGGGUAUCCUUCAGCCAUUAUUAAAUGGUCACUAUCAGGAAUGAGAUGGUAUAAAGGAGGGAAAUAUAUGGGUGGGCUUUUAUGGCCGUUACUCUGUGGCUAGGAGGUAAGACUUUACUUAAAUGUGUCACUGAGGAACUCUCCAUUAUGUGUUAAAUAGUAAAUUAUUCAUGCAGACAUUAUACUAAAUAUUGCAUUUACAAAACUAUGAAC